CCUUCAGUUCACUCACAGCUUCAGGAAGAUCUGAAGAGGUUCUUGCUUCAACAGUGAUUGAACGGAACUUCGAUCUCGUCGAAAUUUCGUAUUUUUUUACGUUUUUGAUAAUAAAACGAUUAAAAAAAAACCCUGCCGAAAUGGAGACUUCUCAGAUUCGCCAGAACUAUGACCGCGACUGCGAGGCUCUGAUCAACAAGAUGAUCAACUUGGAGCUUUACGCUGGAUACACCUACACCUCCAUGGCUCACUACUUCAAACGGGAUGAUGUCGCUCUUCCUGGUUUUGCCAAGUUCUUCAAGGAGAACAGCGAAGAGGAGCGCGAACAUGCUGAGAAGUUCAUGGAGUUCCAGAGUAAGAGAGGGGGACGCGUCAUGCUUCAGGACAUCAAGAAACCUGAUCGUGAUGUGUGGGACAAUGGACUGAUUGCUAUGCAGUGCGCUCUUCAGCUGGAGAAGAACGUCAACCAGGCUCUGCUGGAUCUGCAUAAGGUCGCCUCUGAGAAGGGAGACCCUCAUCUGUGUGACUUCCUGGAGACUCACUACCUGAAUGAGCAGGUUGAGGCCAUCAAGAAACUUGGUGACCACAUCACCAACCUUUCCAAGAUGGAUGCUGGCAACAACAGGAUGGCAGAGUACCUGUUUGACAAGCACACCCUGGAUGGAGGCAGCAGCUAAAUACAGCCCUCAGAUCAUUUGCAUUUUUCAAAGCCUCCAGCUAUACUGUAUGCACAAAUCAAGCAAUGUUGUCAUGCAGCUCUAAUGCAAGUUUAGACUUUUAGAGGCUGAAAGUUUAACAUUUUAGAGGCUAUGAUUUUUAGUCAUCAAUCUGAUGCUUUUGUGUUUAAUGUACAUUAAUUGGUUUUAACCAAGGGAAUUCGAUGAAUAAACCAUUUUUGGCUGGAA